AUGGGCAAAAUCACAAAAGAGAUGCAACCUAAGCAUCGUGAGACUUUGUCUCCCUGGCUCAAGAGCUACGUCGAAGCCGCCUCCACCAUCUCUCUUCCGCUACUGCCACAGCACCUUGCCACAUACCCAACGCGAUGGCCAUUUGGACGAGGUGAUCUCUACCACUGGAUACCUCUUCUGAACCGCUUUGAUGUUAUCCUCGAGGAAUUCUGCACUACGUACAGGCUGAACCUGGGACCUCAAACCGACGACUUCGACUCCUACAUCCUUCGCAACCUUACCGGACAGGGAGCGUUUGCCGAGGAGAAGCAAUGGGACGACCAAGAAUUGCAAAAAUUGGGCUACAGCCAGGAAGGAGAUCGGGAGCUCGUCGAAUCAGUCCUGACCUUUACCCGUUUGCUGCUUGAGCACUGUGGCAACAGGAGCAUUUAUGCCAGCAGCGCCCAUCUUAGCAAUCUUCUAAACAGCACGGCCCUUUCGCUACUUAUUCCUGCUCUCGAGGUUGGCUCUGAGCUUGCGCAGAGAUACCAGGCUUCGGUAAAGCGAAUCGGCAACUCAUCUAGGCAUAUUAGUGCGGCACUCUUAGCCAACCACUACAACAUUGACCUGGAUCGCGUUCAGCAAAUUGCGCAGGCCUUCUCCAAGACAACGAUAGUCAACCUCGCCGACCCGACCCCCGCAGCGACGCCCACUCCGCGAUCCAAAGAUAAACCGUCGGCCCAGUCCAAAAGUGCACCGAAAUCUCAUGCUACGGAUUUGGUCGCACUCGCCACGUCUGACGAUCAGCGCUGGGCAGACUGGGGCGACGUGAAGCUGCGGUAUUAUCCUAAAGAUGCCAAAGAACCACACGAUGUGCCUGCCGAAGUAGGCCGGUCUUCCCAGCCUUCCACACCGACACCUCUACGUCGCAGUUCGACUGUGGCGGGAACCCAACAUACCCCCAAGGCUCGCAACGCCCACACCGAGGAAUCCUCUCCUUUAUUUCCUCGUACGCCUGGUGUCUCGGAUGAAGCCGAUGCCUCUGCGCAGAAGACAUUUGAUCUUCCGCAGUCGAUAGUUAUCUCAUCUUCCAUGAGCCAGCUGUUGGAAAAGCUUCCCAGUGACAUGACCGAAGCCUCCCAGUACGAAGCCUUCCAUCGAUUUAGAGUUGCCAAGGCUCUCACCGGAUCUCAGAAAUCUCGCCAGCAAAUUCUUGGUGCCCGACUGCUCGCCAUUACCAACCUGGCUUACAUUCACACCGAGUCGAACUUCGUGGAAAAGGUUCUUAGGCAAGAUAUGGAUGAAACCCGCCGAUACCAACUUGUCUACCAACUCGCUGAACUCAUCCACCCAUCUUCGGAUCGCAACGCCGAGGCGCCGUUGUGGCUUCAGACAAUCUCGCUCGCUCUUAUGGAAGCCAUCUCCAGCUUCGGGUCUCGCUGCCAGGAUGUUCUGUCCGCUCUCAACGCCAACGUUAACCAUGGCAUCCUUUUAUACGUCAUUCGAAAGGCCGUGGCUGGUAUGGAAAAUAUCAAACCUGAAGAUGAUGGCGAUCAAGUGACAGAGACCGACAACUGGCGAAACAAUCUGUUUUCCCUCACGCUUAACCUGUCCAUGGCGACAAGAGUUGGCACUGAGCGCCACCACUCGAUGGUUCUUGCCUUCUUGGAUGGCUUGAUUUGGGCAUACCCUCACGCGUUCACCGCCUUCUUCAGUGCUGAUGGCCUUGAUGCAGUUUCGAAACUGGUGGUUGAUACUACAGCUGAGGCAAAGGCGCUAGUAGCAGCAUCCAAGGGUAUUACGAGAGAUCAUCAGUCGAGCGCCGUGGAUUAUGAGGUGCCUUACUAUCAGCAGCAGACUCUCAAGUGGCUCUUGAAAUUUAUUCACCGCAUCAUGUCCAACUCCUACAAUUACAGCGGCAACACGGAACGACUACUGCGAAACUUGGCCGAGAAGUCUGAUCUGCUUGCCAGCCUACGCGACAUCAUCAAUGAUAAGACCUCUUUUGGCUCUGUCAUUUGGACAAACUCGGUUCUUAUUUUGAGUGACUUCAUCAACAAUGACCCUACCAGCUACGCCGCAAUUUCAGAAUCCGGCAUGAUCAAGACGUAUCUAGAAGCAAUUACUGGCCGAAGCAUUGCCGAAGCGGCGCAAGACGACGAUGCAAGAGAGGCAGACGAAGGCCUAAACGAUGCUGCAGAGCAAUCCGAUGUAACAGCCAUGAUUGAGAAAGACCAGCGACCGCACCCCCCGACCGAAGAUAUGCUUCGGACUUCCAAGCAUGGUGAUAUUGUCGCUGGAGGCAUCUUGGCAUCGUCCGAGGCUAUAAAUGUGGUGCCACAAGUGCUCAACUCCAUUUCUUUAAACGCCUCUGGAAUGAAGUUAGUGGUAUCAUCGCGCGCCUUUGACAGUUACUUUGAAAUAUUCGAGAGCCCUGAUCAUGUCAGGUGCAUGGAAGUUGACCAGGAUCUGGCGAAUGCCAUCGGUGGGAGCUUCGAUGAACUAGCUCGUCAUCACCCUCCUCUGAGGACUGCGAUUUCAAACGCAGUCAUCGACAUGGUUGCUAAAGUUCGCUAUUUUGGCGUCCGCAAGGCUGAGGAAGACAACUGGGGUGUUCGUUUGCUUGGCACAGAUGGCAACGGGAAAAUUGUUUCCAUUGAUCAACAUGGCCAGAUCGCUGAGAAGGACGAGGCACUCCUGACUGCCAAACAAACCGGAGACUCAGAUGUCACUAUGCAAGACUCAGCGACUCCCAAGAUUGCCGAAAACAAUACUGGCGAAAAUCUGCAGAGUAAGAAGCCUCGUACCGUCAUACCAUACAUUUAUGCGUUGGCCAGCUUUCUUUCGUCGUAUCUUUCUAGCACCUCUAUCAAGACCAACUUUGUUGAAAAGGGCGGCAUUGAGCUUCUUCUCGACAUCUGCGAGUUGCCCAGUCUCCCAGCCAACUACAGCGAGUCGCCGGCCGCCAGAGCGAUGAAUGCGGUAGUUGGGCAGCUUGUAGAGCAUGCCCCAGUGCGAAGCCUCCCGUCUCUCUUGAAGCGUGCUCAGGCUUCAAUCGACGUCCUCCAGCCUCUCGCUAUGAAGACGGAGGCUCUUCCACCAUAUUUUGGCCUAUUUCUCUCGCCAAAUCUGGAACUGCCGAGCGGCAACCUUCCAGAGCCUCUGUUGUCGGGUACCAAGAUGCUCAAGGCUCUGUUGAACGCGCAAAACUUCAUCAAGAUUCUCUCCGAUUGUUUCAACACAUCUCGGUCACACUCGCUCCAAUUCUAUCCUGUCAAUGCGUUCGACUACUACUUGCAACUUGUCAAGUCAAUGGGGCCACUGCUGCGAGGUGUUCUCGCCGAAGAGGCUGGCGAGUUGGCCGCUGUUCCCCAACACUGGUCACUCAAGCGUGGCGGAUCAACCCCUGAAGGUGAACCAUCGGUUACCAAUGCAGCUUUUGGCACUGGUAGCACUUCUUUGCCUGAUGUUCUGAACAGCACGGGCGCCUGGAAGCAAGCUGAAGGACCUGAUACUCCCAAGUCACUGACGGAAGAAGAACAAAGAACCCCUCGCUAUCACAAUUAUGAGGCUCUCAAGCUGCUAUUGCAUCCCAUGAUCCCUACAUCGUUUCCACUCUUCCAAAGCAUCGGCAAGGCUCUGGUUCCAAGACGCGAGGUGACUCAUGGAGAUCCUUUCCCUCGACCAAGACACUUGGAGUUGGCAAAGGAGCUGGCUUCCACUGUGCUCGAUCAAUUGUCGCCAUCCGUUUCAACUCCUAACCCAACCUCUAAAGAGUUUCAUUACUGGAUCAUCAUGAUGCAUACCAUACACGAGAUGCUCAUUGACCAUCACCCUGGACGACAGCCUGAUAGAGCUCAGGUUCACAUCAUAAUCCCAGUGCUUCUCGCUUUCAAGGAACAAGGAGGCUUAGAUGUGCUCAACACUAUUCUCAGAAUCUUCACAAAUGCUGUUCGCGAAGGCUCGAAUGCCAGCCGCCCUGACGAACUAUCAAAGGCCAAAGUUGCAGCAUUUGGUUUAAAGAAAAUCCUUGAACUUUAUGUUCUGCUUGUUAAUGGAAAAUACCUGGUUGAUACUAGCAACCACUUCAAUCUGCAACGACACACCGACAGAAAUCAGGUUGUCUCCAACGUCUACCUGCAAAUCGUCGUUGAAUUUCGAUGCGCCAUUAUGCCGCCAAUGCUCGAACUUUGGGACUCGUCAUUCGUCGAACAUGUUUCGGAUGAGACAGCGAAGCGUAUUUUAGACAUUCUCAAGUUGGUUGCUACUGCUGAGAAUGAACCGCCCUCGACUCCAAAGGACAAGGCUCCCUUUGCUCUUCUCAAUUACACCGAUGUGCGCUUCGAUUGGCGUCCGCUUCGUGGAGUCAUCAAUGACUUGCUGAACGUUGGUUUCGAUGAAGACCUAGUCCAUGAGGCUGUCUUCCGUGCGAAUGGCAAUGCUUCCAAUGCUCGAGAGUACUGCCGAGCUCAUAAAUCCGGUCUUGCUGGGCCGCGAAACCCUAUCCCAGCAGAAGAAGCCGAUAUCAAUACGAACAAAACGCCGGAGUCAUCGAGAUCUAGACAGCGGGCGCCGUCCACUGGGACCAGCACCUCCGAGCCAGAUCGCAUGUCGUUGGACACAUUCACGGAAGGGUUGGAUGACGAUGGUCCUGCCGACAGAGCAGCUCAAAAUUUGGAACAAGGCGAGAGCGCCGCUGGCACUGACCGAGCCGAAGCAACAGAGGAAGGAACCCAACCAACGACAAGCGAAGCCUCUCCUCAAGCUCAGUUCUCCGGCACCAAAGAAGAGCUUGAUACUUUGAGGUCUAAGCUGCGCUCCAACCUUAUUGACCACUCGCUGGACGUUAUUCGUACCCACUCGGACUGCGCUAUUGAAGUAGCCCAGUUGAUCCAUACGAUGGUUCUGCGGCAGCAAGAUCAGGAAAGCCAAGAGGAGGUCGGCACCGUGCUCACCUCUGCCCUCUCUUCCUUAGCCCUUGACCCCGAAGACAAGAAAAAGAAUGGCAAAUGCAUUGCCGCUUAUGCUCACUUGCUAGCCUUGCUACUUCAGUAUCAAACCUUUUUCGACAACAAUGUGGACAAUUUACGAGACAAGGUCGGUGAAUAUGUUGACUUCCUCAAAGUCCCGUCCUCUGGAGCAGCUGAUGAACUGCCACCUUGGAUCCCUUAUAUUUUGCUUGUGCUGGAGCCACUUUUGACGCACGAUGAGCGGCCAGUUGCUGCUCAGUGGCUGGCACCAAGAACUGUUGAUGAUCCUGUUCAGCCUGCUGUGGUUCACCUUGGCGUUUCUCUGAUCAGUGAUCAACAACGCUCGGCGAUUCUAGAAUCGCUCCUGGACUUGCUGCCGCGCGUUGGAAAGCAAGAAAUACUGGCAACAUCCAUUUUGAGGGUCUUGGUGAUAGUGACCCGCCGCCGUCAGCUUGCGAAGCACAUGAGACAGAAGAAGAACCUCCAGCGACUUUUCCUCAUGGCCAAGCAAAUGGCUGGAUAUGGUUCGGAGAGGUUGAAGCACAAUGGCUUCACGAAGCACAUCAUCACCACAUUGAGACAUAUUGUUGAAGACGAGGAGACUCUUCGGCAGAUAAUUCGGGCGGAGAUUGAGGCUGAAUUUCCUGCUGUCAGCCAUCACCAGAACGGAAACGUAGAGAUCUCUGUCUAUCUGCGUGCCCUUGCCCCCAUUGCCAUUCGCGCCCCCGAGCUAUUUGUGGAAGUCUCGAACGAAAUGCUUCGCUUUUCUAAAUGGUCGCCCGCCGAGAGUGAUUCAGGAGGCAGAGGGAAUACCGUUACGCUCAAAGACGGAACGGGAGCCCCAAACGAAUCUGUUCAUUCAGCCGAUCCUGAAGACAACAAACACAAGCCAGGCGCAACAGAUACCGCGAAUACUGCAGAUGAAGUCAAGCCAUCAACAGAGCUAGCUGAUAAGGAAAUGGCUGAUGCUCCUAAGAUCCCCGAUAGCAAGCGUCCAGUUGUUGAGAAUCCAGAUGGCGUCGUUCAUUUUCUUCUUUGUGAACUGGUCAAUUACAGAGAAGUUGAUGACAAAGAUCCAGCGAUCCCAUCGAAAGAUGUGCAGACGGAGCCUGAUAUGAGCGAUGCUGGCUCAGAACAACUUGAAAAAGAGACGAAUACCGGCGAGGGAGGCGACAAGAAGCAGAUCAAACCACAGUUCAAGUCUGAGGAGCACCCAAUCUUUGUAUACAGGUGCUUCCUGCUCAACUGCUUGUCCGAGCUUCUCCAAAGCUACACCCGCACCAAAGUCGAAUUCAUCAACUUCAAGCGAAGCGCUCCUCCUAUCUCUGCUGGUACCCCAAUCAAACCCAGAACUGGCAUUCUAAAUUAUCUCAUCUAUGAUUUGCUUUGCCAAGGCAAUCUCGCCGGUACCGCGGACAAUAUCGUUGCGAAAAAGAAACUUGCCACCUCUGCACAAACUCAACGUGUUCUCGUUGCACUGGUCUCCAAGACCAGCGAGAAGCCUGCAAGCCAAAGCGAAGAAAAGUUUGCAUACGAUGAGGAGCCAGACCUGCUCUUUGUGCGCAAAUUCGUGCUUGACACAGUCUUGCGAGCCUACGAAAGAGCUCCCUUAUCUGACGAACCUCUGGAAACAAGGUACUCUCGCAUGCAGUCUCUUGCUGAGCUCAUGAUGCACAUGAUUGGCGACCGAGACAAGGAUCACCAGCGGCCCGGUCCCAGAAAUGCGGACAAGAACCAAUCGCGCUCUCACGCGCAGAUUCGUCGUCUCAUGUACGAGAAGGGCUACUUGGACAAGCUUACCACUUCCAUCGCUGAACUGAGUCUGAACUACCCGGGCGUCAAGCGGGCUAUCAAAUAUAUUCUGCGGGUUCUUCGAGUUUUGACUGACACCGCCAAAGAGCUUAGCCACUCUAACUUGGUACCUGCUGAUCCAGGGGCGGAGCAAAGCGAAGAAGAAUUCGAUGAAUCGUCAUCAUCCUUGUCUGACCUCGAUGACGACCGAGAGGAGACGCCUGACCUAUAUCGUAACUCUGCUCUGGGGAUGCUUGAGCCCAGGGAUGAAGACGACGAGUCAGAGUCCGAAGACGAGGACGAAGACGCCGACAUGUACGGGGACGAGUAUGACGAAGAGAUGGAUUACGGGGACGAGGAAAUGUCCGAUGGGGAAGAUGACAUUAGUGAUGACGAUGAGGAGUUGGGCGAGAUGGGCGAAAUCGAGGGUCUGCAUGGAGAGCCUGGCGUCGUGGAAGUCAUUAUGGAUGACGAUGACGACGACGAUGAAGAUGAUGAAGAUGACGAAGGGAGCGACGAGGAGGGCGAUGAUGUAGACUCGGCGGACAUGGAAGACAUGGAAGACCGUGUUGAGAUCGUCGAUGAGGACGGGAACCCGAUUGAAGACGACUCUGCCUGGGAAAGCGACAGCGACAUGGACGAGCAUGAAGAGCAGCCAAGUGAAGACGUCGACUAUGAGGCGGAAGUACAAGAUGAGGAAGAGGCCCACAUCCACGGCAUGGGACCAAGAGACCUUCUUGACAGAGACAUUCUUGAUAACAUGGCACGCGCUAUUAUGGGUGACGAUGAAGGAUACGGACCCGAAAUCAUGGAUGGUCUCGAUGAUCAUUAUAUGGAUGAUGACCAAGACGACAUUGAAGAUGAUGAAGAGGAUGAGGAGGAGAUCGACGAUGAAGAAUAUUUCGACGAAGACGAAUUUUAUGCUCCUGAAGACCAUCUUGGACAUCUGCCUUCUGCUGCUGGAUGGGACGGUAUGAGCCCAGAGCUUGAUGAUAGACACCGACUGCUUCUUUUAGAAAGAGAAAACCACCGUCGACCAGUUUUCACAAGAAUGGAAAACCGAGGUGGUCUCCCGGCCCGGUUCGUCGGGACACAACGCGAUGGUGGCGACUUUAGAAGCUAUUUCUCUCGCAUGCAGCGGCCCGGUGUCCAGCCAAGCCAUGCGGAGGAUGGCUCCAACCCCUUGCUUCGGCGCAAUGACUCCGACAGCGACAAUCCUUCGCGAGCAGGCAACCCCAACUCAUUUGGGCUUCGUUUACCAGAAACAAUCUUCACCGGUGGCGGCCGUCACAUGAUUGACGGACCCAUGGGCUUCCUCGGCGAGCUAAUGGAAUUCUUGCCUAUGAUGGGUCGCAAUAAUAAUGGUCAAGCAUUCCAUGUGCAGAUUACAAGACCCGGUGGUCCUCGUGGAGAAUUUGCGCCUAUCCGACCUGGGAGACAUGAUCACCGCCGAGAAGUCACUCAGGAGCCUCAUCAAGCAGUUGCUUUUACCACGGAGGCAACGGUUGCUCGUUACAGCGACGAGGCUAAAAUGAUUUUCGGUCCUAACUUUGCUUUGGAAGCAGCAAAGCUCAGCAACGCCAUCAGUGCUGCUCUUACUCCGGCAGCUAUAGAGCACGAAAAGAAAGUCAUGGCUGUCGAAGAAGAAAAUCGCAAAAAGGCCGAGGAGAUCCGGAAGAAGCUGGAAGAGGAGCAGAAAGUAAAAGAAGCGAGAGAAGCUGAGGAACGAGCUGAAAAGGAACGACUAGAGGCCGAGGAGCGAGACCGCCAGGCAGCCCUCGAUGCAGCCGCCGCGGCCGAUGCCGGUUCAACACAAGACGGCGAGCAAAGUACUGCUAUGGAAGGUGUUGAGAGCGCAAACAGCGGCGAAGCGACUAGCCAACCCGAAACUAGCUCCACCCCUAGAGUCACGACAACUAUCAGGGGAGAAGAAGUUGACAUCACCGAGCUAGGCAUUGAUCCCGACUACCUGGCUGCACUCCCGGAAGAGUUCCGCGAAGAAGUGAUCGCCCAAACUGUUAGUGAGCGACGCUCACAAGCUCGUCAAACAGCCCCUGCAGGAACCUCGACUGAAGUCUUCCAAGAGUUCCUUGAUGCCCUGCCUGAGGAACUCCGCUUAGAAAUUGCGCAGCAGGAACGACAAGAACAGCGCCGACGCGAAGGAAAUCGGAGACAAGCUGGCAAUGCUGGCCUCGCACGCUCGGCUGACAUGGACACGGCCAGCAUCUUGCAGACUUUCCCACCCGAGCUUCGUGACGAGGUCUUGCUUCAGCAAGGUCAAAGUCUCAUGGACCAGCUGACUCCCGAGAUGGCUGCUCAAAGUCGAGCCCUCACCCAGCACCACACACCUGUGACCCUACAGCGUGGCCCACAUGGUGCCCCUCCUCCAGGUGGAAGCAACUUGCCUGGAGAGGCCAGAAAAGGUGCAGAGAGCAAAGCGCCCCGGAAGACAGUCGUUCAAAUGCUCGAUAAAGCGGGUGUGGCGACUCUACUUCGGCUCAUGUUUAUCACGCAUCAAGGCUCCUUCCGAAACUACCUUUUUGCAGUGUUUGCCGAUGUGUGCGAGAACCGACAGAGCAGACUCGAAGUCAUCAGUACACUGCUCCAGAUUCUACAAGACGGCAGCACGGAUGUCAAUGCUGUCGAACGCAGUUUCGGGCAACUGUCUAUCAAAGCCAAGCGACUUAAGGAUAAGGAGAGAGACGUGGAACCACGCACACCGCAGAAUCUCAAGCGAACUUUAACCUCAUUGAACGUCUCCAACACCGCGCAGACCAGUUCAGAGACCUCACCGUUGCUGAUUGUCCAGCAAUGCCUGGAUCUGCUCGUGGACCUUUGCGCCAGAAACCCUCACAUUCCGUGGCUCUUCCUCACCGAACACGAGACAGUUGGUGCUUCGCUUCGGAAAGCGCUUGGCCGCAAAGGCAAGGCGAAGGACUCCAAGGCCAACAAAUAUGCUAUCAAUGCCCUGCUGACGCUCCUUGACCGCGAACUCAUUACCGAAAGCUCUUUGGUUAUGACUCAUCUUGCUGAUCUCCUCAACCGAGUAACAUUGCCGCUCCAGAAUCUUGAGCGUCGACGUAGAGAAUCGCUCGACAUUGCCCCCGCCAAGAAAGAAACCCAAGCCGACCAACAGACAGGCAGCAAUGCGCAACCAGAUACUGCAGCGGUCGACAAUGACACUUCAGCAAGUGGCAGUGCACAGGAAGCUCAGAAGCAAAGCAAUGUGCCCCAAAAGCGUUCUCGGCAGCUUCUACCGCCCAUCAUUCCUGAAGAGAACCUUACACUCGUGGUGAGAAUUUUUGUUGCGAGAGAGUGCAGCUCCAAGACUUUUCAAAACACGAUCGCCACCAUCAAGAAUCUUUGCGCCAUUCCUGGAACGAAGACUAUUUUCGGGCAAGAGUUAAUACGCCAAGCUCGCGCUUUGAGUGAGAAUAUUGUGACAGACCUGAACGAGCUUUUGCCGCAUAUUCUUGCCGCCAGCUCUGGCACCGAAAUCCAGGGAGUUGCGCUCGCCAAAUUUUCCCCAGGAGCGUCCGACCAAAAUAAGCUGUUGAGAGUGCUUACUGCUCUGGACCAUCUCUUUGAGCCAAAGAAAAAAUCCGGACAGCCAUUACCCGACAAUCUGGACGAUGGCACGCAAGAGCUGCUCAUGUCUCUCUAUCACAAUGCAACUUUCUUGAGCAUGUGGGACAAACUUAGCAGCUGCUUGAGUGCUAUCCGGCAGCGCGAAAACAUGCUCAGUGUUGCAACCAUCUUGUUACCUCUUAUCGAGUCGCUCAUGGUCGUCUGCAAAAACACUACCACCAAAGACGAUGCAGCUCCCAAUCAGCAGCCCGGCGAGGAGCCGCUGUCAAGCCCUGUGGCCGAAUCGCAAACUGCUAGCUUGUUCUUCUCCUUUACGGAGGAACACCGCCGUAUCCUCAACGAACUCGUUCGCCACAGUCCUAAGCUUAUGUCUGGUACAUUUGCCCUACUGGUCAGAAACCCGAAGGUCCUUGAGUUUGACAACAAGCGCAAUUACUUCAAUCGUACUGUCCAUUCUCGGGCUGCGCACGGCCAGAGCCGUCCUUCUUACCCACCCUUACAGUUGUCGGUCCGGCGCGAAUCUGUGUACCGCGACUCAUUUGCCAAUCUUUAUUACAAGAGCGGAGACGAGAUCAAGUAUGGCAAACUGAACAUCAGGUUCGGUGGCGAAGAGGGCGUGGAUGCGGGCGGUGUCACAAGAGAAUGGUUCCAGGUUCUAGCCCGACAAAUGUUUGAUCCGAAUAACGCAUUAUUCAUCCCGGUUUCUUCUGACCGAACAACAUUCCACCCCAAUAAGCUCAGCAAGUUUCACUUGAAUGAAGAAUCCAACGCCGGUGAGAGUACCGACAGCAUUCAUUUCAAGUUUAUCGGCAGAAUCAUCGGCAAAGCCUUGUAUGAAGGCAGACUCUUGGAUUGUUUCUUCAGCCGUGCCGUGUACAAACGCAUUCUCGGCAAGACGGUGUCCGUAAAGGACAUGGAAUCCUUUGAUCCCGACUACUACAAGUCUCUCUGCUGGAUGCUCGAGAACGACAUCACCGACAUCAUCACGGAGACAUUUUCAGAAGAGGAGGACGAAUUCGGCGUAACCAAGAUUGUCGAUCUUGUUCCAAACGGUCGCGAGAUUCCCGUCACCGAAGAAAACAAACAGGAUUACGUUCGCCUCGUUGUCGAGCAUCGUCUGCUGACGUCGGUCAAGGACCAGAUGGAAAGCUUCUUGAAGGGUUUCCACGAGAUCAUUCCCGCUGAACUGAUCUCUAUUUUCAACGAACAGGAGCUUGAGCUUUUAAUCUCGGGUCUUCCUGACAUUGACAUCGAUGAUUGGCGCAGCAAUAGCGAAUACCACAACUACACGCCAUCUUCCCAGCAAGUCCAGUGGUUCUGGAGAGCAGUGCGCUCCUUUGACAAGGAAGAGCUGGCCAAAUUGCUCCAGUUUGUCACUGGAACCAGCAAGGUUCCUCUCAAUGGUUUCAAGGAGCUCGAGGGCAUGAAUGGCGUCAGCCGUUUCAAUAUUCACCGCGACUAUGGCGACAAAGACCGCCUGCCCACAUCUCACACAUGCUUCAACCAACUCGACCUUCCAGAGUACGACAGUUACGAUACGCUACGUGCCCAACUUUACAAAGCCAUCACGGCCGGAAACGAAUACUUUGGUUUCGCCUAG